AUGAAGGAAAUCGCCGCCCAAGCGCGGCCCCCGACGAUGGAUAACCCUUCCACCCCGGCAAUCUUCUACGUCUACCAAGAAAUAUUCUCCCUCCGCGAGGCAAACAAGGCGUUCCUCACGAAUGUUUCGUCGAUUAGCUUGUGGGCGCUCCUGCUUUUUGGGGCCUCCGACUCAAAUAUAAAGUAUUUUGAUACUCUAGGGGUGUGCGUUAUCGACGGAUGGAUCUUCGUCCGGAUUGAUCAGCCGACCUUCCAGGUCCUCCAUGAUUUACGCCACGCCUUCCAUGAUUGUUUGUGGCGACGAUACAAGGAUCCGAUGAACAAGGCAAACAAUGCUGCGCUAGACGACCUGCGGGAGCUGAUUAAGGAGGUGCUCGAAACCCCACUGGACGUGGACGACCCCACGCAAAAUCGCCUUGUUGAUAGCGGAGUGAUUGUAUCACCAGAACACGCGAAUUAUGUGGACCCAUCCAUGAAUGAGAUGGAAUACAGCGUCGAGGAUGAACUCAUUGAAGAAGACGAUGCUGUAUGA